AUGGCUGAGAUGGAGUACCUCAACCGAAGCUCGGGUGGCGCUGGCCAACACCCGGGACAACCGUCGGUGUGUCCGUAUAUGAAUUACCAGAGCCAACACCGCUCCGUCUCUCACGCCGAGUCCAUUCACAAUCCCCCGCUUCCGUGGGUUUCUCACAACCACCCUCCUUACCACUGGUCCGGCCCGCCACCUUCUGGGAUGGAUUUGCCUCGUGGCCCUCAGGGUCCCCAUGGCCUUCCUCACUUACGCGUGCCGCCAAUUUCCAAUCUCGAACCCUACCCGUUCCUUCCUGGUUCGCUUCCUCCACCACCGCAACUACCGCUUAUGAAUUUCCAGCCGCCGACGAACCAGGAUACGCCGUUCGGGACAAACAGUGGGCUGCCACCUGCUCCAGGACAAAGCUCGGUGGGGUUGAGGUCCUUCCCUUCAGUGCAUAACUCUAGGCCCGGCGGACCUUCCCCUCCUUCUCAUCUUGUUCCCCCUCAAGGUCCUCCUUCCGUCCAUUCAUCACCCAGUCAAUAUCAGCACCAGCAGCAACAACAACACCAACAACAGCAGCAAAAUCAACCACAGCCACCUCCGAUCGCCCAUUCUUCAUCCUCUCAUCAACAUCACCACCUCCAAGGCAAUCGACCAGGGCCAGCUCCAUCUCAUCAACCUGCGAACCGCAACCUUUCGUCCUCGACCACCUCGCCUCCCCUCGUGUCGCAACUACAGCAGCAGCAACAACAGCAACAGCAACAGCAGCCGCGUCCCGCUCCCGCGCCACCAUCGGGGCAUCAUAAUCAUAUGGCGAGUCUAGGCUCAACGACGGGUACGCCUCAAGCAGGCCCAUCACAUGCUCGCCCUAAUCACGUCAACCCACAUGGCCAGAAUCAACAAAACGUGGCAACUCAGGCCGGUGUAGAUCAGGGACAACAUUCCCAUCAACAGCCCCAUCCGCAAAAUUCUCACCCUCACCAUCACCGACAUACCAAUCUGAGUGUUGUUUUCAUGCAGCCCGGCUCCCAGCACGUCCCUGUUUCUCAGCCUCCCCACCUUCCCCAUCUCAAUCAACUAUCACGCCCGUUUGGACAAGACUACUACCCAGGUCUGUACGGGGAAAACAUGCCUCCUACAGCCGUGCACCCAAGCCAAUAUGAAUUCACGAGACUUUCGCCCGUUCCAGGCGGCCCUCCGCCGCCCUCGGAACUUCGACGUCGAGGAAUGAGCACCCGAUCUGCCCGCCGAAAUGUAACCCGUGCACAACCGCUCCCUUCUGAACGCGAUCGAGACAGCGACGAUGACCCCACAUCACUCCCCCACACCGAUGCUUUGUUCGAAAGCCUAAUCCCCGCAGGUAUCAUAAGGCAUGGAACCGGCGACGACAGACAGUUACGUGCUGCCCAGUUCUUCCGUGGCUCUGUCAAUACGAAGAUGGUGGCAUCCGCGUCCGCAAUUUCGUCCCUUGAAAGCGUCGACAUUAAUACGCUAGCCGAGGGGGAGAGGAGUUGUAUCAUCUGCUACAAUGAUUUCGGCACGGAAACACCUGAGGGUGUCAAGGAGGCACCUCUUCGACUGCCUAUUUGCAAACACGUCUUUGGUGAUCACUGUAUCAAGAAGUGGUUCGACGAGUCGGACAGCUGCCCUUACUGCCGUACUAAAGUUCCCUCAGAACCUCGAUUCAGCGCAAAUAGUAGAGCCUUGUUGGAGCUUAUUCGAACUCGAGGAGGUCCUGUACCACCGCUUGGGUCCUCAGGAGCUAUUCCCCAAGAAGUUUUAUUACGAGUUCUUUCGCGGGAUGCAGCAAGGGAUUCCGAUGAACACGAGCCGAGCACCCCCUCCCGCCGAUCGCCACCAACGGAUAGCGCUGAGCCUCGCCGCCGGAUCAGGGCACGAUAUAGUGGAAAUAUGGCUUCUCGACCGGAAGUAUCGUCUACCAGCAACGCACGCCCCAGUUCUUUCAGUGGUAUCUCAUCUUCGGGGUCCACACAAUCUUCUCCCCCACGAGACCGCCAUGUCUUUGGAGACCAUCAUUUAUCCUGGGGUCAUGACAGGGAACGAGAGAUGCCCACACUUCGGAAUCUUCGGGCGAGCGUGAACAUCAAUCCACCCCGGCCCCGAGUCGCCCCCGUAGCGGCAUUCUAUCCCACACCCUUUAGCUGGGACGAGCAGUCUGGCAUCCCGCCGCCAGGGCACACAGCUCAUGGGCAGAAUGGACCUCAGAAUGGACCUCCACAUGUGGGACCGACUCCCAGGGAACACUCGCUUUUGCCCGAGCAUGUGCCGUCUCUCCCCAGCUUACAACCAGACUUUGGGUCUCAGAGAGAGACCCAGCGCUCGGUGCCUACGAUGAACAACAACUCUCAUCCGAUUUUGGGCGGGAUGAACGGCAAUGGGUCAGCUACUCCUCCCGGAGGCGUGGAUAUACCUAUGCCAGACCGGGGUCCUGCUCCGUAG